AGCUCCUCUUUGGUCUUCUUCUACGCCUCCUACGUGGCAGCAUCCUUCUACCAAUAUAUUCACUAUGUCUCCUCUGGACAUGAACCAACCAUCUCAGUCUGGCCAACUUAGACAAAGAAUAAGCCUAGCAAUUUGGUGCUGCUGGAAAGAGAAGAGAACCCGUCUUCCGGUAGAUGUAUCAGAUGGGUUAAAAAGCAACGUCAACGUGAGGUCACAACAGUAACGUAAAGAUUCUUUUUAGUUAACAGACAACAUCCAUCCAUUUGCCUUUAAAGGAUGUUGCCAAACACACAAAUAACCCUGCCUUUGAGCUGUUUGACCCAUUGCCCCCAGGAAGGUGCUAGAAGUGCAAGAGAAGAAGGACCAGCAGACUCAGACGUACCGAGUGUUUCCAUCGCUGACCUUCUCUACAAAAUGGCAGACUCGGUUUGCCAUAAAAAUGAAUCCCAACGAUCCCAACACAAAGCAUCUGACAGGAACCACAAACCUUCCCCCCGCAGCGCCCUUUGACCGUGCCUUAUAUAGGAGUUGUAAAGAUGAGCAGUGGCGUGUUUUCAAGUUGCAACAUGGAGCCGGUCAGACUUGUGAGGGCGGUUGUGACUUUGGUGGUCAUCUUCUCCAGCGGCUGUGGAGCUCACAUCCCGUCAGGUCCCGUGCUCAAAAUGGACCAGGCUUUGUUAAUAUUUUAUAACCGACUGCCCCAAGAUAUGGACGUCUUGUACACUACGGAUUAUUGCUACAAGUGUGUGUACCAGCGUUUGGUCCAAGUCAAAGCCAACCACCAAAAUGCUUCUGCAGUCAUCAGCACCAAGUUCACCCUGAGCAUGCAAGUGGAGUCCCGCACACGGAAUGCAACACUUUGCAGGUGGAGUGAGAAAUACGAGGAGGGGGGUCACUACUGCGUUUGGAUCCAGAAGUCCGACGACGGCAACAAUGUCAGCUGCAUCCACACGGUGGAAAAAAGAGCCCACAAUUCCUACAUGCCCAUCCUGGUGGCCGCCCUGUCCCUGGCUAUAACCAGCCUCUUAUUGGUGGUGGCACCCUACGUACACAGAAAGUGUCGUACAUGGAAGUUUGCAAAGACCAUUUGCUGCCAAAAGCCGCAGUACUCCCUGGAUAAUGACGAAACGCAUGCUGGGAACGUUGAGGGCAGCGCCACCAAAGUGAAAGCAACACGUCUGCGUUCCCUGGACACGUUUCGAGGGUUUGCCCUCACGGUGAUGGUGUUCGUCAACUACGGAGGAGGAGGCUACUGGUUCUUCCAGCAUGCACCAUGGAACGGUCUGACUGUGGCAGACCUGGUCAUGCCGUGGUUCGUCUUCAUCAUCGGGACUUCGGUGGUGAUGGCGUUCAGGUCCAUGCAGAGGAGAGGCGUGGGCCGCCUGCAGCUGCUGCAAAAGAUCACGUGGAGAACUUUGGUCCUGCUGAUGCUCGGCUUCUGCUUCCUCAACUACUCCCCCCGAGAUGGACCACUGUCCUGGUCCUGGCUCAGGAUCCCGGGUGUGCUCCAGCGUCUGGCCUUCACCUACUUCAUCUUGGCUCUGCUGCAGACUUCAUGGGGACACCAAGACCAUCAACAGAAACCAGGUCGAUGGUGGUCCCCGAUCCAGGACGUGGUUUUGUACUGGCCCCAGUGGCUCAUCAUCAUCCUCUUGGAGACUUUGUGGUUGUGCGUCACCUUCCUCCUGCCUGUACCCAACUGCCCCACAGGGUAUUUAGGAGCUGGUGGAAUUGGGGAUCAUGGUCUUUACCCAAACUGCACUGGGGGGGCGGCGGGACACAUCGACAAGUGGAUGUUUGGUGACAACAUGUACAGGUACCCCACGUGCAAAGAAAUGUAUCACACCACGCAACCGUUUGACCCCGAGGGGAUUCUUGGAACGAUCAACUCCAUUGUGAUGGGUUUUAUGGGAAUGCAGGCAGGGAAAAUCAUCGUCUUCUUCAAGGGGAAGAACAUCCACAUCCUGUGCAGGUUCCUGGUGUGGGCCAUCGUAUUGGGAAUGUCGGCAGCCAUCCUUACUAAGUGCACGCAAGACGAAGGAUUUAUACCUGUCAAUAAAAACCUUUGGACUUUAACGGGGGUCAAGAUGCAUAAUUCACAUGAAUUGGACCAACGCCUCUGGCAGUCAUCCUGUUGGAGAAUCACGGAAAGUAAAUCCAAUAUAUCAUACCUUACAUGUAUUACAUGUACAUAUAAAAGUAUUUGAAGUAUUUGUAUGACAGGAAGUAAAAAGGAUGCAACUUCAUGUCUAAAACUCUUAACUAUUACUUAACUAUUACUUUCUUCCUGGGUGCUCUGAUUUGACGUAGCAACAUCCACUGCAGUCGUGGCUCUGAUUACCAAAAUAAGAGCUCUCAUUACCUUUUGGUAAUUACGUGAAUUCUUAAGUGCCUCUUUGUAGCUAUUUUUAUAUGGUGUGUGUAUAUUCAUGUCUCACAUAAGGUUGUGGAUGAUGGACCUAGUCUCUCCUGCACGGAUCAGCAUCAUGUCAGGUGACGCAUGCGUCUCACGAUGAGCCUCGUUCAUCAAAUCAACUAUUUCAUGAAAAGCGCCUGUGCCCUUUUUUCCCGCACAAAUCCUAUUAGGGCGCUCAUAGAAGCUUUGUAACAUGAAAUAGUCUGGUGAGGCGGUGUUCCAUCCCCGGGAGGAGCUCGCCAGGUUCUGGAUGAAGACAAAGUCCAUUAUUAGCCUUUUUGCUAAACCACUCUUCCAGCAUCGGGAAUGCAUUACAGGGACAAUUGUUGGGACUGGGAAGAAACGUGAAGGUCGGGAUUGAGAGGUACUUUUGUGUCGAGAGCAUUUAUCACAGCUGGGAUAGGCUCCAGCACCCUCGUGACCGUCGUGAGGAUUUAUCACUCUUACUGCAGCAUCCCUUUGAGCUGAUAAUAUAGAUAUAUAUAUAGAUAUAGUUAUAGAUAUAGAUGACAUGCAGUACAUGCUGAUGAAGAUGGGAAUACGAUGCCAUCCCAGCAUUAAAUAAGAUGCUCCUCGGAUGCUCCUCGGAUGCCACUGUGGUGCGACUAGCCUUGUUGCUAUUGAUUGUUGUCAUGCAUACGUCUCCAGAUACCUAUAGUCUGUCAUGUGGAAACUUUAUCCAAGAUUCCGUGUUCUAAUGCGGCCUUCUUAGAAUCCUAUAUGGCAUAAUGAUCCGUUAUGUCCCUUGGGAGAGCAAACAGGAUGUCCGAGGAGGUUCUCCUAUUCUGUGGAAAUAUAAAUGAUACCGUCUCGACAACCUUGACUUAAAAGGAUGAUAUCAUACACAAAUCCUGUGUUUGCCGUGAACUGAAAACUUGGACUGAUGAAAAAUGAAGGAAUUUUCCCAGGAAUAAUAUUGAGAGGAGAAGGGAGGAGUUUAAAAGGGAAUCCUACUCCAUGAGGACUUCUCAACAUCUUCGAUUGUUUGU